CAGAGGGCGCUUUCGCCAUGCGCGGCCGCCGCGCACCCCCGGCCGCUGACAGGCGUCCGCACAGCGCGGCGGGCGGAGCGCAGCGCAGCGCAGCGGGGCCCCUCGGCACCGAGCCCCCGGCCCGGCCCGGCCCGCGCCAAGGGAUCUCCCCGGGUGCGACCGGCCGCUCGGUCCCGCUCUGCUGCUCCCUGGCUCUCUCUCCCUCCUUCCUUUGCCUCCUCCUCCUCUUCUCUGCGCUUUCCACCUCCCCUGCUCCUGAGUGAGCGCAGCCUCGGAUGUCCGGUUUCCUGGUGGGUUUUUUACCUGGCAAAGUCUGGAUAACUUUGGUGAGAAUUUGCAAAGCGGCUGGGAAAGUUGGGAACUCCCGCAGGCGCAUAGGAGCUGCUGCUACCGCAUCUUCUCCAUCUCACGGAUUUUACUGCCUUGGAUAUUGCGAGGGGAGGGAGGGGGGAGAGGACAGCGAAAGAAAGGGGGGGAGGAAAAGAAGGAGCCUCAUAAUUUCGGCUGCAUUCUUCCGACUGCCCCGCGGCCCCGCUCCGCGCCCGCUCUGCCUUCCCUGCGCCAUGCACUUGCUGGAGGUGCUCUCCCUGAGCUGCUGCCUGGCUGCCGGCGCCGUGCUCCUGGGACCCCGGCAGCCGGCCGCCGCCGCCGCCUACGAGUCCGGCCAGGGCUACUACGAGGAGGAGCCCGACGCGGGGGAGGCAAAGGCUCAUGGAAGUAAAGACCUGGAAGAGCAAUUGCGGUCUGUGUCCAGUGUGGAUGAACUCAUGACAGUACUUUACCCAGAAUACUGGAAAAUAUUCAAAUGUCAGUUGAGGAGAGGAGGUUGGCAACACAACAGGGAGCACUCCAGCUUUGACACAAGAUCAGAUGAUUCCCUGAAAUUUGCCGCAGCACACUAUAAUGCAGAGAUCCUGAAAAGUAUUGAUACUGAAUGGAGAAAAACUCAGUGCACGCCACGUGAAGUGUGUGUGGAUGUGGGAAAGGAGUUUGGAGCAACUACAAACACCUUCUUUAAACCCCCAUGUGUAUCCAUCUACAGAUGUGGAGGUUGCUGCAAUAGUGAAGGACUUCAGUGUAUGAAUAUCAGCACAAAUUACAUCAGCAAGACACUGUUUGAGAUCACGGUGCCGCUGUCCCACGGCCCCAAGCCCGUCACCGUCAGUUUCGCCAACCACACGUCCUGCCGGUGCAUGUCCAAGCUGGAUGUGUACAGACAAGUCCACUCCAUCAUAAGGCGUUCCUUGCCAGCAGCACAAACUCAGUGUCAUGUCGCAAACAAGACCUGUCCAAAAAAUCAUAUUUGGAAUAAUCAAAUUUGCAGAUGUUUGUCACAGCAUGAUUUUGGUUUCUCUUCUCACCUUGGAGAUUCUGACACAUCUGAAGGAUUCCAUAUCUGUGGACCGAACAAGGAGCUGGAUGAAGAAACCUGUCAGUGUGUCUGCAAAGGAGGUGUGCGGCCCUCGAGCUGUGGACCUCACAAAGAAUUAGACAGAUCAUCGUGCCAGUGCAUGUGCAAAAACAAACUUAUCCCUGCAUCCUGCGGGCCCAACAAGGAAUUUGAUGAAGAAAAGUGCCAGUGUGUAUGUAAAAAGACCUGUCCUAGACAUCAGCCGCUAAAUCCUGUAAAAUGCAUCUGUGAAUGUAUAGAAUCUCCCAAUAAAUGCUUCUUGAAAGGAAAAAGGUUCCACCACCAGACAUGCAGUUGUUACAGACCUCCGUGUACAGUGCGGACGAAACGCUGCGACGCUGGGUUUUACUUCAGUGAAGAAGUGUGCCGCUGUGUUCCUACAUAUUGGAAAAGACCACUUAUGAAUUAGCCAAGAGAGCACUACUUGCUACGUUGGUGUACAUUUUUCCAUUAGAACAAAAGAACAACAGAAACUUUGCUAAUAUUUGGAAUUAAAUGUUCACCAGAGACCCUGUGGGGCUUUCAGAGACAGACUCGUGCUUUUCUCAAGACAUGGAAAGCAAAUGUAGAAAACAACUGGGGUUCACGUUUCGUAAAGAACUCAAUAAGGACUUGUUUUCUGUCAAUGACCAAAUGCCUAGGUUCUCCUUCUUGUGAUUUUUUUUAAGAGAUAAUGACUAUAUAAUUUAUUUCCACUAAAACCAUCGUGCAGCAUUUCUGUUUAUAGCAGUAACAAUUGUUAAAGCUCACUGUGAUCAAUAUUUUUAUAUCAUGCAAAGUAUGUUUAAAAUAAAAUGGAAAUUGUAUUAUAUAAUGGUGAGAAUGUUUAAUCAUCUGCCUAAAAAGGAACUCACAUUCAGCUCUAUUUUCUGGAUUCUUAAUAGGGAAAGAAACAAUAAGGAGAAAGCACUUUUAUGAAGGAAGGCUGCAGACAUUUUCUUGUACUUGUUGUGUUUGCCAUUUGGAAUAGUUAUACUGAGGGCUUUUUGAUCCAGUGGUAUUUCUGUCUCUAGAAUGAAAGUAGCAAGGAAGGCACAAUUAAUAACAAGAGAACACUGGAGAUUCUGUACUUUACCCAAGUAUGAGGACGGUGUUUAAAGCACAGCAGCAUCUACUUACAUUCCAAUAUAGUCAUCUCCUAUUUUAGUUUUUGGUGUCAUUCCCAAGGAAAAGUAUAAAAUUAUGUCUGUUCAAGAUUAUUGGCAUGUGAGUGGAAAUACCAAGAUUGUUUUUUUAGUGUUACA